AUGCUCGUGGUGGGGGAUCCCCCAGAUUUGCGGAGGAAGAGCCUCGUGGAGCCGGACUUGCAAUUCGGUGCCAGCGCACGGCAGGAGAAGACCUACUCUUCGCGCCAGCGCCAGCAGCAGCCGCGCCAAGCAACAACGCUUCCACAGCGGCGGCGUUCACAACCCCCGACAGAGCCUGGGUACCAGGGCUACAAGAUCAACGACGAAGAGACUGAAAAGGCCAAGCCGGUUGUUGUCUUGACCUCCGACAAGGGCAUCACCAAGGUCGAGACAGACUACUCAGACCUGGCUCACCAAGCGAGCGGCUUCAGGGCACGCAGCCUGCUUCCCACGCUCUCCGAGCGGCCUCCCCCGACCACAGAGGGCUACCAGAGCAGCGCUCCCGGCCGCGAAGCGCCCAGGCCCUGGGAGCCGAAGAUGGAUGUGGAUGGGAAGACACAAGUUCCAGAGAGCGUGUUCAAGGCCAUGGAGAAGCUGGGCCAUGCUGCAAGGCACCGGGGGCAGCACGUCCUGGCGAAGAGCACUCGUCACCGUGGUCGCAAGACGCUGAUUCGGCACGAUUGUCUCCCUGGGCGCACCAACUC